AUGGCAUUGCUUGAAGAUAAACCAGCAAACAUUAAUGAAUAUAGUAUUGCAGAACAAGUUGCCCUUUUUGAAUCUUGGAAAAGGUCCAAUAGACUUAGUUUGAUGUUCAUGAAGAUAACCAUUGCAAAUAACAUCAAGACCUCCUUACCUCAAACUGUUAAUGCAUUGGAAUACUUAAAGGCUGUUGAAGAUCGAUUUAGAUCUGCUGACAAGUCACUUGUUGUCACUAUUAUGGCUGAAUUGACAACAAUGAAAUAUGAUGACAACCGAGGGGUUUUGGAUCACAUCCUCAAUAUGGCUGACAAAGCUGCAAAACUUAAAACUUUAGGGAUGCAAGUUGAUGAAACUUUCCUCGUGUAG